AUGCCAAACAAGCUGAAGGUGAUCAUCGAGGGACUCUUUCCGCAGCAUGCCCCAACGACCUGGCCCCCGACACCCUAUCGUGGGCAAGAGGAUAGCAACGCCGCAGAAAGAAUAAUCACCAAUGAGGAACUGGUGAUAGUUGCAAAGGGAUUGAAGACGCGAAAAGCACCCGGAAUGAAUGGAAUCCCCGACAUUGCUUUGAAAACGGCGAUCUUGGCGUUUCCGGACAUGUUUAGGUCGGUCAUGCAGAAAUGCCUGGACGAAAGCCACUUUCCAGACAGAUGGAAGGCGCAGAAGUUGGUGCUGCUACCUCAACCAGGUAAAUCACCGGUCGAUCCUGCUUCGUGUAGGCCUAUAUGCCUGCUGGAUACUCUAGGAAAACUCCUGGAAAAGGUAAUUCUCAACAGAUUGACGAUUUGGUUUCCGGAAAGGAAAGUCCACGGUGGAUGCUAUCCGGACAGUAAUCUAAAGGGCCGAGAAGUCGUUAAUGCUACUUUCAGAAUCGCGUACACUAGGUACGACACAUCAGUUGGACGAAAGACCAUCAGGAUCACGGCGGGCGUCCCUCAAGGUUCCAUCCUCGGUCCAACGCUUUGGAAUGGAAUGUACAACGACGUGUUGACAUUAAAUCUACCUAAAGGUGUCGAGAUUGUCGGCUUUGCAGACGACGUAAUACUAACGGUCACAGGUGAAUCGUUGGAAGAGGUGGAAAUGCUGGCCACUGAAACCAUAGACAUGAUAGCACAUUGGAUGCAGGGAGCAAAACUCCAGCUGGCUCACCACAAGACGGAAGUACUAGUGGAAAUGCAAGAGGAUACGUUUAACCAGGCAGAAGCUGUGAUACGAGGAAGGGUCUCGAUUCGUGGAACCAUAAAAAUAUUAGGAAUUCUAAAAAUUACGCAUGAAGAUAAGGUGAAUUCGAGGUAUGCUGGUGGUCGAACGAACAUUCAGGAUGCGCUUUUAAAUGACGAUGAGAAAAUCGUGUUGGAUUACAUUAUUGCAAAUGCAGAAGCAGAGUAUCUGGUCACAAAUAUUGAUGCAAGCAACAGCGGCGGUGGCCGACCACUCACCAACAGCACCAACACGCAAUCGGAUGCCGGAAACGGUAUUAACACCACUGCCACUGGCCGGAAUCCCUACCUGGUGGGGGUGCAAUCAAGAUUUCGCCGGCGUUACUACCACAAAACCAUCUUCAUCGUACUGAUCGUGGUGAUCGUGAUUCUACUUAUUGGACUCAUUGUCGUUGCCUGUCUAUUGCACUUUCCACCACAUGUCUGCCACAGCGCGGACUGCCUUCGUGCGGCUGCAGCCUUCAAGCAGAGCAUGGACACCCGCGCGGAUCCGUGCGAUGAUUUCUACCGGUACACGUGCGGCAACUGGGCCGACGAUCAUCCCCGACCGGACACCUACAGCAGCUACGAUUGGUUCAGCGAACGGCAGUCCAGGAUUCUGCGCAACAUUCGACAAUAUCUGCAGCUGAAUGAUACCGCCAGCGAUGAUCCGAAGUCGGUUAAGCAGGCUCGGGGGAUGUACCGAGCGUGCAUGAAUUUGACUGCCAUGGAUGCUCUUGGUUAUGAGCCAGUUUUUAGUUUGUUGGACGAUUUUUAUUUACCGAGUUAUCCAACAAUACUAAACAUCACGGACACCAACUACGAAGACUACAAUUUCGAUUGGGUUCGAUCUUUAGCCAAAAUAAGACAACUAUUCGGAAUGGAUAUUUUGAUUGGGUUUGAUGUGUUCCCCGAUCCAAAGGAUCGGGAUUACAAUAAACUGGUGCUGGGAACCCCCGAAAAGGAAUCCGAUUUACCAUUCAACGAAAAUGUCUUGAAACAAAUCAUGAAUGCAAAACACAAGAUCAUGGUAAGUGAAACCAAAGAGGAUGAUGACGAUGACGAUGUCGAAGGAGACACGGACUACAUGAAAGCAUAUAAAACCUUCAUGAUUGGAACUAUGAAGAUCUUAGUCAACAGUACCGAUCCAAAAAUUGACCUAGAUUCUUUUUCGGAAAGCUUUACAAAAGCAGCUGACAUCUACGUUAGGAUGUCGAAGGUGAUAUCAAAGCUAGACAAAAUAGCGGAAAAUGCCUCCAAGAGCAACCAACCGGAGGAUUCGCUCAAUGUUCAAGAUCUGGUAAAUACUACGGUUCGGGAACUACAAACACUCACCGAUCAGUUUCUGGCACCUAGAGAUCCAGUGCCAAUUUGGGAGCAAUAUCUUGAAGAAGUGUUCGACGGUGUCCCAGAGGCGCAACUUAACUUGAGCGAAGACCUAAUCCUUACCAGUAACGCUGAUAUCUACUAUCUACAGCUGCUGACAGACUAUCUUUCGUUAACUCCACUGGUACACAUCGAACUGUUCAUCUGGUGGACCGUAGUCGAAGAACUGAUUCUGCACACUACGGCAGAGAUCAGAAAACUACACUACGAGUACUACAAGGUGACAACCGUUACGGAGGGAUUCACCCCUCGAUCACUCUACUGUGCUGGAGCGGUCAACAAACUGAUGGGAAUGGCCGUAAGUUAUGCAAUCGCCGAUAAGAGUUUUCUUCAUGAUACAAAACCCAAGAUGCAACGCAUGCUACGAUAUAUUCAGGGCGCGUUCGAGCGUCUCGUUCGUGAUACAACCUGGAUGGAUUGGAAGACCAAGCAAUCUACGCUGGAAAAGUCCAAAGCCAUGCGUAGUCUAAUUGGUUUUCCCGAAUGGAUACUGAACCACACGAAGCUGGAGGAACAUUACGAUACGUUGGAGAUUAACGAUACACAACAUUUGGACAAUAUGAUGCAAAUCAUUCGGUUAAACAACAUCAGACAACUUCGUCGCUGGCGACUGAAGAACGUUCUAAGUUGGGACACCGUCCCAACGAAUGUAAAUGCAUUUCACACUUUUCAGGACAAUGCCAUUACCAUUCCGAUUGCCAUUCUGCAGUAUCCCUUCUAUCAUCUGGGACUAGAAGCGCUCAACUACGGAUCUAUUGGGACAAUAUUGGGACACGAGCUGACGCACGGAUUUGAUGAUAGCGGACGUCAGUUUGACAAGGAAGGUAACCUCAAACAGUGGUGGACCAACAGUACCGUUCGGGAGUACGUCAAUCGAACAGGAUGUUUCGUGCAACAGUACAGUGGAUAUUACAUCGACGAAGCGAAGGACUAUAUUGAUGGCCAGCAAACUCUGGGCGAAAACAUCGCGGACAACGGUGGCGUUCGGGAAGCUUAUUAUGCCUACAAAAUGUACGUCCAGCGUGAAGGAACGGAACCACUUCUACCGGGAUUCGAGAACUACACGCACGAACAGCUGUUCUUCAUAUCCUACGGAAAUCUGUGGUGCGAAUCACACACUGCUUCGGCGGCAAAAUCAGCCCUGGACGACACGCACAGUCCCGGAUGGGUUCGGCUGAGGGGGGUUCUCAGUAAUUCGCCGGAAUUCAGUCGGACGUUCGGCUGCCGACAGGGCAGCGGUAUGAAUCCGACCGGCGACAAGUGUCGAAUAUGGUGA